AGCAUCCCCGGGACGGGCAACGGCGCGGCCGGCGGGAGCGGAGGUAACCCAGGCGGUCGCGCUGCUACUAACCGGUGGGGAAAGGUCUGGCGCGGAACCCUGGCACGGCGGCUGAGAAAAACAGGCUAACCACCGCUUGGGGAGGGAGGAGCGGCCACCGAGGGAGCGAAAUGACCCCAGAUCCUCCUCUCUUCCUGCGGCGCGACCCGGAGGGCCGCCCGUCUCCUCACGCUGUUCCCGCCGGCGACAAGCCCAUCAUGUCGCGCCCAUCCCGACUUUUGAGGGUGGUUUUCUUGGAGCCACGUGUUUUGUUUAGUUUGGCAGCCGGCAGAUUGUGAUUUGGAGUCGUGGAGAAUUCACAGUCUUUCCACAAUGGGAGAAAGGACAGAUUGUACGAAGUCGCAUAGUUCACUGGCAGAAUACAGCCCCGUCAAUAAAUCAGACAGGACAGAUCCAAGUGACAGCUCUGAAAUGCAGGAUGGAAACCAAAAUACAUUGCAACUGAAGAAAGAAAUAUCUUUGAUAAAUGGCAUAAGCCUUAUAGUAGGCAACAUGAUCGGUUCAGGUAUCUUUGUAUCUCCCAAAGGAGUUCUCAUCUACAGCAAAUCUUAUGGAUUGUCGCUAAUAAUUUGGGCAAUUGGAGGGGUUUUUUCAGUCUUUGGAGCUCUGUGCUAUGCUGAACUUGGAACCACUAUUACAAAGUCAGGAGCCAGCUACGCAUAUAUCUUGGAGUCUUUUGGGAGCUUCAUUGCUUUUAUUCGUUUGUGGACCUCACUCCUAAUUGUAGAGCCAACUAGUCAGGCGAUUAUUGCCAUCACCUUUGCUAACUACGUAGUUCAACCUUUCUUCCCUUCCUGUGAUCCUCCAUAUUUGGCCUGCCGUCUCAUAGCAGCUGCUUGUGAAUGUCUUCUAACAUUUAUAAAUUGUGCCUACGUUAAAUGGGGAACACGGGUGCAGGAUAUAUUUACUUAUGCUAAAGUCGCUGCACUUAUUGUCAUCAUCAUAACCGGACUUGUUAAAAUAUUCCAGGGACAUUCAUCACACUUUGAGAACUCUUUUGAGGGAUCCUCUUUUGAUAUUGGAGACAUUUCCCUCGCACUCUAUUCUGCUUUGUUCUCUUACUCUGGUUGGGAUACGCUCAAUUUUGUAACAGAAGAGAUCAAAAACCCAGAAAGGAACUUGCCACUGGCUAUUGCAGUGUCUAUGCCAAUUGUGACUGUUAUCUAUAUUAUGACCAAUAUAGCUUACUAUACAGUGCUGGAUGUCGAAGCUGUUCUUUCUAGUGAUGCCGUGGCAGUGACAUUUGCUGACCAGGUAUUUGGUAUCUUCAGCUGGACAAUUCCCAUUGCUGUAGCCUUUUCUUGUUUUGGUGGACUUAAUGCGUCAAUUCUAGCAUCAUCAAGGCUAUUUUUUGUAGGAUCUCGAGAAGGUCACCUUCCUGAUCUCUUGUCUAUGAUCCACAUAGGGAGAUUCACACCUGUGCCAGCACUGCUUUUCAAUUGUGCUAUGACCCUUAUUUACCUGGCUGUGGAAGAUGUCUUCAAGCUUAUUAAUUACUUCAGUUUCAGUUAUUGGUUUUUUGUUGGUCUGUCUAUUGCUGGGCAAUUAUAUCUACGUUGGAAGGAACCAGAUCGACCCAGGCCUCUUAAGCUGAGUGUGGCUUUCCCAAUAAUAUUCUGUAUAUGCACAAUAUUUCUGGUGGUAGUGCCACUCUAUAGUGACACUAUCAACUCAUUGAUUGGAAUUGCCAUUGCUUUAUCUGGAAUUCCAGUCUUUUUCUUGGGAGUCUAUUUACCUGCAUCAAGGAGACCUCAGUUUAUCAACAAGAUUUUAGGUGCCGUCACACGAAACAUGCAGCUGCUCUGUUACUGUGUUUUAACAGAGAUGGAUACAAGUAAAGAGAAGAAGUUAGAAAUCAAAUCCAGCUAAAAAUUCAAAGCCAUUACAAGCAACAGAAGGGAGGAUAAAGCAAUUAUGACAACAAAAGGGAAGAGAUGGAACUGGAAAAAAUCGGAAAAUUGUUUCCAGUGGUCUUUCAGAAAUGCUGAAAAUGUACUUGCAAUUGGAUUCUCACAUAAAUCGUCCCCUUGCGUCACCCUUUUAAACUGUGGCAUAUUUUCACUGGAUAAUGAUUACCUACUCAUUUCAGGCACACAAGCUAUGUGUCAAUACUGUUCCUUCUUCAGAAUUGGUAUUAAAAUGGUAAGAGCUAAUGGAUCAAAUUAGGUUUCUGCAGAACCAGGCGGUGAAGUAAUGCAUUUUUAAGUUAGACUGAAAACUACUUUGACUCAAAAGACCAAAACUCAUUUCCAGCUUAAAUCUGGCAGAUGUUUGCAUGAGAUGAUUUGCUGUGCUAUCUUGGUUCUUAUCCCAGAAUAUAACUGGUCACAACGAACUACCUAACUUGUCAUUAUUAGCAGAAAAAUGAAUAAAGUUGUGCUACAUUAUUUAAAGACUGAACCAACCUCUCUUCCUGACAGAUAAGUAUUUUAUUCUGUAUGUUAUGUGGAAAUACGGUAUCAGACCGUGGCAAGAAUUUAAUCAACAAAGCGCCUUGGCGCUGAAGACUUGAUUAACAUUUGAUGAUUCUUUCCUGUUAGUUUGUUAGUACUUGGUCAGCUUCUGACAGGCUUUGUGAAACUUCCAAAAUUAAAAUGCUCCGUUUGAA